CGAUCACCAGGCACCGUUGAAGCAACCGUAAAGAAAGAUGUAUUACCAUGUUCAAACUUUACGCUCUCUGUUAUUGAGAACAGCGAAGAAUAAGCUAUGAACAGAAACUUAAACAGAAAACUCCAACAACAGCUACAUAUCUUUUUAAAAUGAUAUCAAUUUUAAAACUGUACCGUGAUUAAACUGGAUAUACAGUAUUGCAGGUUCCCUUGUUGAGUGGCACGUCUUUCUGAAAAGACGAUCUUGGAAGCUGUUUGGUACUGAUGUAAAAAUUGACGUUUGAGGAUCCUCCAAACAUGACGUGACCAUAAGUCUUGUCACUUGCUCCAAAUGUCCACACAGUUCACCUGAUCAGGUAACGUAUGUCAACAUUUACAACAUUUGUGUUGUUUAAUACGUAAAAACGGAUUUAGACAAAGUGAUUUAGUGUGUUGUGUGUUGACAGCUAGCAUUUGGCUAACACUCCAGCCAUAGCAGGUUAUUACAUACGAGAGCAAAUGGUUCAUCUUAAUUAGGGGGGAAAAAUAUUCAUUUGGUCAGAAAAUAAGAGGUAAUUUUGAUUUCUAGUUUGAUAUAACUUGUGGUUAAGGUGACUAAAUAUGAAAGCUGGGGCAUGUAUCCAAUCAUCACAAUAGAAACACUAACUGUAUUUAUUUUGUUUGAAAUCAAUCUAUUCCAAUUGUCAUUCGUGUUUACUGGGCAAUAAUUAAACAAUAUAAUAGUUCUUGUCGGUAAUGAAACAAACACUGACAUAGAAACAGGAGUUCAGAACAUUCAGUGAUUCAGAUUCUCCUUGCCCAUUAAAAAUCAAUUUGUAUCAGUUAUUCCCAGGACGACACGUUGCGACAGUAUGUAGAACAUCUGCCUCACAGUCGAGAGAUUUGCAUGUUCUCCCUGCGCAAGCACAGUUUAGGCCACAGUUUACAUGCAACCCAAAUGAGUUCAUGUCACGUCCACAUCCAAAAUGAAACACGAGUAGACAGAUAUGUGCAAAGUGAAAUCUGAUAUACGACAAUUAAUGUUUAUGUCACCCCUGACAUUUCAUAUGCUUGACUUUUCAUACUUGUGUACAGAAGUAACAAAUUCCUUAGUAAAACUUUAUUAACAAUCAUAUUUUCAUGAAAGUGUAGGGUCUUCAAGGAGCAGCAUAUACAGAUUUCCACUUUCUUUGGUCUCGUAUAAUUAAUUGUGUCCUCCUCAGGAACAAAAAAGUUGUAUCUAUGUAAUCAAUAUGACGUGCCCAGGAUCAGGUGGUCCCUUUGUUCAUUCUUAAGACAUUCACUCUCUUUUGUGUUUCCGUCUUAUUAGGUUACCACUUUCCAUCCCGACACUAAUUUUGUCCCUGUGAAUUAUUAAAUUUAUUACUUUGGGUGGAGGACCUCAUUCUCCUUGACUGGUAGGUGGCAGGUAGUAGUGUGCUUUCCCAGAUCCAGGAUCCUUAUUUGUCUUUCUGCAUCUCCCAUGGAAGAGUCACUUGUCGUCCAGCUUCGCUAUGAGGAGCUUCUUUUUUACGCAGCCUGUGUUUCUAACUGUUGCUGCGUCUGUUUGUGUGUGUGUCUGGGAGGCAGGGUGUGUGGACGAGGGGGAGGAAGACGAGGAGGGAGCGGCGGUGGUGGUAUGCGAGUGGGCAGCAGCUGGAGGUGGCAUCUCUCCCGGGCCAUGCGACUAGCACUGGGAUGGUGCCGACUGUGCCGUUCAAAGACAGGGGGCCGAGGCGGGGGUGGCCAGCCGCGGCCAAGCGUCGGGCUUGGAGAGUUGUGGAGCUACAGCAAGCUACUGCUCAAGUCUCUUUACUUCAACAGCCUCAGCAACUCGGACACAGUGCUCGACUGCGCGUUCGAACCUGUGUACUGGAUCGUGGACAAUGUGACUCGUUGGUUUGGAGUGGCAUUUGUCACUCUAGUCAUCCUUCUGACGACCUCGGUGGUGGUCAUCGUCUAUCUGUACGUCCUACCCACAAUCAUCGGCACCUACGCCGUGCCUUGGAGUGUCUGGCACCUGUGCUGCGGCCACUGGCUCCUGGUCAUGGUGGUCUUCCAUUACUAUAAGGCCACCACCACCUCCCCUGGACACCCGCCCAAGGACAACAUCCACAUUCCCUCUGUGUCCAUAUGUAAGAAAUGCAUCAAUCCAAAACCGGCGAGGACACACCACUGCAGCAUCUGCAACACCUGUAUCUUGAAGAUGGACCAUCACUGUCCUUGGCUCAACAACUGCGUGGGCCAUUUCAACCACCGCUACUUCUUCUCCUUCUGCCUCUACAUGACUCUGGGCUGCAUUUACUGCAGCGUCAGCUGCAGAGACAUGUUCCUGGAGGCCUACGGUGCUGUCGAGAGUUACUAUCAGACCCCUCCCCCACCGUACACGUCCAAAGAAAGGACUGCCCACAAGAGCAUCAUCUUUCUUUGGGUGCUGACCAGCUCCGUGGCGGUCGCCUUGGGAGGGCUGACCCUGUGGCACGCAGCGCUCAUCUGCCGAGGGGAGACCAGCGUGGAGCGCCACAUCAACCGCAAAGAGAGCAAAAGACUAAAGGAACAGGGCAAGGUGUUCAAAAAUCCAUAUCAUCACGGAAAGAUGGACAAUUGGAAGCGGCUGCUUGGUGUGGAGACCCGCAAUCAGUGGUUCACGCGUGUUCUCCUGCCCUCGAGUCAUCUUCCCACAGGCGACGGCAUCAUGUGGGACUGCACCUUCUCCAGGAGAGACCCCAUGGCCAUCUGAGCCAUCUACACCUUAAGCGCCAUCACCUCGUCUGGGCAAAUAAUGAGCUGCAUGUUGAUUUUGGACCACCUUUGUGCCUAAUGCAGCCAGCCUUCCAAAGUUAACUCUGAGACAAACGUGGUUUCUUAUUUCUGCAUUUCACUUUCACAAUCAGCCAGCAUACAUAUAUACAUAUAUUUUUUUUUUUUUUGAAUGGAACCUUCAAGCAUAGGUCAUCUUAUUACUUACGUUUUGCUCAUGAAUUAUCUGUUGUGAGAAGGGCAAUCUAUACUCAGUGGACACAAUAUUAGGAACACCUGGAGACCAUGAAUUGGUCGCAAGCCAAUCUCACUGGCACAUUUUUGGGAUGUGAGAUGAAGUUGCAGUACCCUGAGAAAAAUGCAAGUAGAGAGAGUGUGAAAACCUCACUGAAGGACCUCAGCCCAGAUUUGAACCUAUGGCCUCUCUGUGAGGCAAACUGCUACCCACUCAGACACCACCAAUACUGAAUAUCCAAUUAAUUUGUUUUAGGCCAUAUUGCGUUUUCCAGGUGUCCCCAAUGAUGCGGCCACUGAGUCUCUAUCAAGUAGGUAUUGAGAAAUGUCACUGUUCAUCUACUGAGAACGUUUGCACACGUGGCACUUUAGAGUGGGGCGACAGGACAUAAUGAUUUUCUCAACAACAGCUAAUUGCAGUUAUUUUGACAAUGUACGUGGAAACAAUGGUCUGUGUGUGUUGUGAUGCUGAUCUCACCUUUAUUCGAAAAGUUGUGGUGCCAAAUUCGCAGGGGGGGGGGGGCAACAUAGCAUGAUGUCUCGUUUCAACCAAUUAUCAAGACUGUGAAUUGCUGUUCUGAUACUGACUUUUUUUUCCCCAGCGCAGCAUAUGUUUGCCACGGAAACGAGAUAAGUGACUGAGCGAUCUGCCCACCAAAAAAAAAAAAAAAAAAGCUGUGCUCAAUUAAAUCACUGUCCUUUUAAUAAAACAUGACAUCCGUCUGC